AUGUCCUCCCCUUUGAGCAGAGCCGAAGACCACAGUGCUGGACGUCGAAAUAGGGAGGUUUAUCGUUAUUUUCGACCAGAGCGCCUCUGCCCUAUCGAUGAAGACUCGACAGCUGGCAGUGACAAUGGCUUGGAUCAAGAGCUUCUUCGGCCUUCAGCUACAUCGGCCUCUCGAGGUCGUUCGCCAUGCAGUCGAUCACAAUCCCCAAAUCCUCCAACAUUGCCGACGGAGCCGGUAGCGAAUUCUCUUAGUCCGAUGCCUGAAUCUCUAGUCCUUGGCGAUGCAAACACAACUUUAAAUUCCUUCGCGCAGCUGGCUGCACUGCGACUGGGUGUGGAUCGCGCCUUCAUCAGUGUUUCUGACAGGGACUCACAGUACAUCAUCGCACAAGGCGGUCAGACUGUGGAAAGUACAACCAAGUAUGACUCAAUCGGAGAAGGUCUAUAUGCAGGCUGUUCGACACUUGAUAUAUCCACGUGGAGCAUGUGUCAGGAUACCGUCGCAUUGCCUCAAUCAGAUCGGGGACAAGGGAAAUACAAUUUUGUCGUCUCGGACGACAUGGCUCAGGACGAACGCUACCAGCACUUGCCCCUAGUGAAGGAGAAACCUAACUUUCGAUUCUAUGCCGGGACACCCUUGACCACAGACAGCAACAUCAACGUCGGUUGUCUCUUUGUUCUCGACACGAAGCCACACUCGGAAUUCUCUAGCAAAGACAAAGUCUCAAUGGGUCACAUGGCAAUGUUGAUCAUGGACUUCCUCAAAGUCAGUCGCCAAGCCUCGGAAGGCCGGCGUGCGGCCCGCCUAUUGAGAGGAAUAAAUCAUUUCGUUGAAGGCCGAUCAACCCUCGUCGAUGAUACCGGAAGCACUGGAAGUUUACAUCCCCAGUCUGCUGAUGCGUCCAGGAGCAGAAAGAAAAGUCGUCAUCGGAGGAACAGCAGUGUAUCUUCCCUCUGCUCUCGCUCCAGCAGUAGCAGUGCACAUUCAUUUUCCGAUUCCGAGCCAUAUGGCCCAUCCUCCUCCUCGAGUUACAGCUCAGCAAAUCCGAGUGAACCAGAGAAAAGCCAAAGUUUCACCGACAACAAUAUGGGAAAUUCGUGGACAUUUCGACGUGCCGCAAACAUUAUACGCGAGAGCCUCGAGCUCGGCGGUGACAGUGGUGUGGCCUUCUUUGAAGCGGGCAAUGACUUCAUGCUAGAUCGCAACAGCGACAGUGAGUUGUCUAGCUCUUUUGAGACCGGCAAGUCUGCUUCUCUUCUUGGCCUUUCUACGGCCAACUGUUUGUACGGUCCAUUUGAAGAUUCGGCUACAUCAUAUCCCGUCUCAAACAUGGAUGAGGAAUUCUUGCACCGUCUUCUGAAUAGAUAUCACCAGGGAAGAAUUUGGUCUCUUCAUCGUGACGGCCAACUUUCUAGCUCCGACAGUGAGGAUGGGUCUCAGAAACGGUCUACCUCGAGAAGAAAUGCCACUCAGUCUGUGCCUUCUAAAGGUUCGAAACGAUGGAAAUUCAGGGAGAACAACAUGCUGAAUCAGUACUUCCCUGGUGCUACUCAAGUCAUGUUCGUUCCAUUGUGGAGUCCCGCUAAUUCGCAAUGGUUCGGUGGCUUUUUCUGUUGGAACAACGUGGAGAGCGAUGUUUUCGACCCAUCAGUGGAACUCAGUUCCUUAUUGAGUUUCGGAUCCUCAAUCAUGUCUGAAUGUAGCCGGGUUGAAUCUCUAAUAUCAGACCGUCAAAAGGCCGAUUUUCUUGGGAGCAUAUCGCACGAACUACGAAGUCCUCUUCAUGGAGUUCUUGCAGCGGCGGAGAUUCUGCAGGGCUCCGAUCUCAGUCAAUACCAGAGUUCUUUGAUGGAUACUGUCAACGCUUGUGGUAGGACUUUGCUGGAUACUAUGAACCAAGUUUUGGAUUACAGCAAAAUCCUGUCUCUAGAGAAACGAUUCCGACAUCUUGAUCGACGGAUGAUUUCAAGCUUGGAGCGCAAAAGCAUGCACCGGUCUGCAGCACACCUUGAUAAAUAUGCCGCAACAGACCUCUCACUCAUAGCCGAGGAAGUGGUGGAUGGAGUCUGUUUGGGCCAACACCAUAUUCAAAAUUUCUCCUCGUCUUCCCAUAUCCUGACAUCUAUUGACACAAAGCACGAUACGGCUGGUGCAAAUCCAUCAGCCCCAAAGGUCAAAAUCACACUCGACAUCUCGCCCAAUGACUGGGUUUACAACAUUCCUCCCGGGGCUAUACGUCGCAUAAUCAUGAAUAUUUUCAGCAAUGCGAUCAAAUAUACAGAAGCAGGUCAUAUCUCCAUGCGAUUGGAGGCUGACAGCUCGUCCUCCCGACACAAUACUCAAGAAGACAUGAUCACUUUGACGGUUUCUGAUACUGGCAAGGGUAUUUCAGAAGAAUUCUUACGAUCUAGACUUUUCGUUCCCUUCAUCCAAGAGGAUUCUCUCGCUAGUGGCUCUGGUCUAGGUCUGUCCAUUGUUCGCAGUUUGCUCAAACCUCUCGGCGGAAACAUCAGCUUCCAAAGUAAGCCAGGAGUCGGAACGACGGUUAAGGUUACUUUGCCUCUGGUCCAUCCAGAGCAAGAAUUUGAAGCGUAUUACGGAACCACACCGCCCCCCGCACCCGAGCGACCCGCAUUAUCAACUUGUGCCCUUCUGCGUGAGAAAUACGCUGGACGAACUGUCGCCUUUGAGGAUGUUUCUGACAAACCAUCUUGGGACGUUUUAUCAUCCUACCUAACCGACUGGUUUGGUCUCAAGGUGGUCUCGCCUUCAUCGAAAGCACCACUCGAUAUCAUUUUCCUUGAAUCAAUACCAUCUGAAGGUGAUGCUAGCAGCAUAUUCUCCGACCAGAAUUCAUCUUUCUUCAUGUUGAGCGACUAUCAUAUUGCCCACGACUUGAUACAAGUUGUGACCGCAUUUGGACCUCGAAAUGUGCAUGUAAUCAACAGUCCAUGCGGUCCGCACAAGCUUGCUCGAAUAUUGAAGGGUUGCCUCGAUGGGAACGCACCCAACAUAACGAGAAAGCCAAUUGUUCUCCCUGAAAGAUCUUCAGAACAGGCCAAACCUGCAGAUGCGACAAGUGAGGACCUCAUUUCGGAGAAGGAAACCCAAGCCACAGACACAGCUCCGGCAGUUCCUGCACAACAGGCCGAACCCCCAACAAAUCCUACCUCGGAAACCCCCGAGGCCGCAACGGAAAAGCCAGGCGCCCGGAUUCUGGUAGUCGAAGACAACAAAAUAAACCUCAACCUCAUGCUCGCUUUCCUUAAGAAACGUGGUCUAGCGGCCUUAGACUCUGCAGAGAACGGCAAGGCAGCCGUAUCAGCCGUGAAAGAAGAGCAGCAGGGAUAUGACAUCAUCUUCAUGGAUAUAUCAAUGCCAGUCAUGAAUGGGUUUGAGGCCGCGCGAACAAUUCGUGCCUUUGAAAAAGGACGAGGGGAUGGAUUGAAACGAUCGAAGAUAAUCGCCCUCACCGGAUUGAGCAGUGUGUCUGAUGAAAUGGAAGCCCUUGAUUCUGGGAUCAACCUAUUCCUGACAAAACCUGUUGCGUUCAAGGAGGUUCAGAAGAUUUUGGAUCGUUGGGAUCGAGGGGAAAGUGACCCAGAACAAGAGGAUGCAGACUCUGAGUGA